AUGGAGGCAGCUGAAGGCUCGUCCGCACCCAAAGAGUCUCCCGAAGUCCCUUCGACUGAAUCUAAUGGUGACACGAAAGAAGCUGCAGACUCAUCAGAAGCCAAGGAGAGGAAAGGGUACUUGCCAAGUGAGUCCAGGAAGAUCCUCCGGAACUGGCUGUUUGAGCACCGCCUGAAUGCCUACCCAUCGGAAAGAGAGAAGCGUUUGCUGUCGGAGCAGACCGGGCUAUCGUACCAGCAGAUUGUUAAUUGGUUCAUCAAUGCCCGCAAGCGCAUUCUGCCACAAAUACUUGAAGAGACUGGAGACACCCUCAACGUUAUCCCCAUCUACCACCACAAGUGCAAGAACACAAACCCGGUAGCUCACAAGAAAACAGGUUCAUCUGCAGAGGCCAAGGUAUCGCACAUACCACCUGAGAAUCUGGAGACAGCCCAAGGCCCACAGGAAAAUGUCAAGGAUUCUGCCACCAGACCUUUGCGAAUGUCUUCUCCCGACUUCAGUGGUUUCCAUUUGCUGGUGGAGGCAGCUGUACAAAAAGCUGAAGAACUGGAGCUGCAGAAGAAGCAAGAGUCUGCUGGCUGA